CAAUCCACUACACUACAGUAUUAGUCAACAGCUGUUUCGAGUGGCUGGCAGUUGAUCGGCGCUUACUGUCGAUAGUCGAUACAUCGCGGUCGUGUGAUCAUCUUAGUAGUCGUGGUUAAAUAGCGGUAAUUCUCCUAAAAAAUAAACAGGAAACUAAUAAAGAAUAAACAGAUCAUUUGAAAGUAUGCGACACUCAAUUUAAUCUGUGAAUUCAUAAUUUAUUUGUCCUAAAUUUUUACGUCAAAUCUGAAGUGUCAAAAAGUGUUUUUGUAGGUUAUAUUUACCAAAUAACUAAACAGUGUUUCCUAAUUGCAAAACUUUACGUUCUAAUAAGAUAGAUACGUGUCCACCUUAGCAGAAAAAAAGAUUCGUGAAUUGUGAGUGUACCAAGUAGUUCACUUGUAACAGUUUCAUCUAUGUUGUAACAAAAUAUAUGAUAUUGUUCUAAUUUAAAUUUAAUCUGAAAUCGAAAAAGAUACUUGGGAAGGAACUUGAUAGUCCUUUGAAAAGUAAGUAAUCCUACUAGUGUAUCCAAUACAAGCUAUGGAUGAAUUCUUUUUGGUAAAUCAAUGAAGGAUAUUUCUGACGAAAUUAUGUUGUGUUUCGUACAAGCCGCUCGUGACCGUGAUAAUCGUGAUAUUUAUAACAAAAAUAUUGAUACCGAAAACGAAAAUACAAAGGGCAAAAGCAAAACAAAUAUUAAGCGAGCUGCCGUAGUGAACGACUUGUCGGAAGUGAUUGACAGUGAGAUUGAAUUAAGGGAGAGACCGCUAAGCAAAGGCAGGUCCUUAAGGCUUUCGUCAGGAGAAAAGAUUCUUAAAAAAAUUCCUGACGUCAAGCGGAGUUUUAGCGACCGAUUCUCAGUCAUAUCAGACACUAGUGGAAAGAAGUCUGGAAAAGGAUUAUUGACCAUAAGAAAGACAUGGUCAACCGGGAACUUCUCGCCGGGUGCGGGUGGCGGGGGAGGGGCGCCUCGCUCCGCCCCCGCCACCCCGCUUCAGCUUGAGCCUCAAGCCAGGGCCACUAAACAUGAUAAACAUGCAGUGAAGCCCCUGUCGGGCUCUGCGCCGUCGGUGCGAGUGGGCAUAGCAGGCUCGGAUGAUACGACGGAGUGCAAGCAGCCCAGUAAGUCGAGACAGAAGAAGUUCCAGCGGCAUUUCCCGCAGGUCGGGCCCGAGGAAAGGGUGCUUAACUAUUAUUCCUGUGCACUGGUAGGCGACAUACUUCUGCAAGGGCAUUUAUAUAUAACGAAGAAUUAUUUCGCAUUUUAUUCCAAUGUAUUUGGAUAUGUGACUAAAUUAUUAAUACCGACGUCUUCCGUUCUUCGGAUAACGAAGGAAAAGGUGGCCCGAAUCAUCCCUAAUGCGGUAGGGGUGUGCACGAGGGAUGAGAGACACGUGUUUGGCUCCUUGCUCUCGAGGGACGCCACCUACAAGUUGAUGACCCUGGUCUGGAAGUCGUCCAAGGCUCCGGAGCUUGCGGUACCGAAAUCACAGGAUCUGAGAACGCCGGAAAUAUCGGAGUAUUCCCCAGAGGACGACAGCAGUUCUGGCGGUGCUGACCACGUGGACUCUACGCAGCCCACCCGACCGGAGCCCGAGGCCAUUAUGGCAGCCGCGAGUGCGGCAGUGAUCCAACCAGCGCUUCUGACGGGCACAACAGUCUUGAAACGAGACACCUCGUACUGGCACCUGGCUCUCCUGGCGUUGGCGGCUUUGCUUACCUGCUCAGCGAUGUUCCUCUCAUAUAGGCUUUAUUGCGUCACGUAUCGACCCCACGAGUGGGCAACGAGCGUGUCCAGCGAAGAGUUGUACUCGGAGCUGGUCAGAUGGCGCACCCGUCUCCAUGGACGAGCUGCUAAUGAGCUGCACGCCUUCCUCUCUACCAAUCUGAUGCUGCUCACUAAGGUGCGACAGUCUUUGGAAGCCCUUUCGGGUGUGAUACUAACAGACAUGGCAGAGCAAGGCCACAGGUACGCGGAUGUGCCCAAUGACACCCUCUUUAGUUAGCGUAGACCAGUGACUGACACGUGAUAUUCAGUGAUAUUAGUUCGUGAAGUUGCUGAUACCUCUAUUCCUCCCUAGAUGGCGCAAUAGACAAUUUUAUUGGGUUCUACCUUACAAAAGUAAUAGAAUAACUUAAAUCUAAGUAUAGCCGAAACAAAUGUAAAAUUGCAAUAUUUCAAAAAAAGUUUGAUGUUGAUUUUGCACUUACGUAUGCCACGAGAUGGCGCUAUCUUUCUUCAUAUUCGAUUUUUAAAAAUCUUACAUAUGUUUUAGAGUUGCUAAUGUUAACAACAGGCCAAUAAAGGAAUAUUUAUUUGAAGUGUAAUGUUAAUUUAUAAUUGAAUUUUUUAUUCAUUAUUUUAUUGUAUUAGAGGUAUUAGCGCUUUUCAGAACAUGUGAUUGUGUUACAUAAGGUUUGUGUGUAAGAAUUUGUUUUCUAACUGUAUCCAAAGAUCACCAUUAUUUAAUUUGUAUACCAGUCGAUUUCGCCUAAAAGGCUAAAGCAUGUGUCAGACACGCGCUACUUGUAGUCAUCGAGGGAUGAUCUAUAAAAAUGUGUUAUAUUGUUAUCAGACUUAUUUUCUCUUACAAAUAUCAAUAUAUUUUUUCUCUAUCUUAAACUUUGAAAAUUGAAAAAACUAAAACGGGGAUUGGCUGUCUUUAUUAUUAUUAGGCGGCUAUUUAUACCCCUAAAUCAAGUUUGAGUUGUGCAACUGUCACUGCUAGACAAUUCUACCCCUAAACUUUGACUAGAAAUAUGCAAUAGCUAUCUGGUUGCUAAAUAAUGUUUUAUAGCUUUUUAAGCUGAAAAAUAUUAAAUUGUUCAAUAUUAAUAAAAGUAACUCUCAUUGCGUAUAAAAGCGUUAAAUAAUACAGUAUUUAAAACUAUAUUUUUCAAUUUUAUAUUAAUGGUUGUAUUUUCCAUCAAAUAAUUUAAGUAGUUUCAGUAAUUGGGGUAUGCAUAAUUUAAAAUCGGUGCUAGAAAUUAUAAAUACUAACAUUCCUUAAUUGUAUUCAUUCCUUUUGUUAGCCUUAUUUUGACGAAUUUUUUCAACCCUUUAACUAUUGCCGUCUUGCUCACAACACCCAAGUUUGAAAGGGAUGGCAAUACAGGUUUCAGAUGUACUGUAAUCUGUGUCCAAAAUAUGAGGUUAAUUUUAACAGAACCAAAGCAAACUUCUACAGGAUUUUUUUUAUUUUUAUUUUAUAAAGAUUUAAACAUUGCAUGAGAAGAGCUGUGUAUAUUUAUAUUAUAACAGAUUUUUGAUAACACUGAAAAAGUAAUUCUUGCCAGUUAUUCAUAUAUUAUUUUCAGUAAUAUAUUUAGUUUGUUGUAAUUUAUUGUUCUAGUCUUUAGUCAAGCUCAAGUCAAUAUGUUUACGUACUUAUAUUUAGUGAAUUAAUGUGCGAAACUUAAUAUAAAAAAUGGUUUUAAUAGUUUCGCAUUUCUAUUAGCGAAGGUUUUAAAUAUUACCUAAUCAAAAAUAUUUUAAGAUUAUUUUCGUUGAUUUUGUUGCGUAUGAAUAUAUAUUUUGUUACGUGUUUUCAAAAGUUGCGAUGUACGAAAUAAGCAUUUAGAUAAAUUAUUCCAGUUGUUAUAAUCAUUUUAAUAAGAUUUUAGUUUAUGUAGUACUAAAUAACAAAAGUUGUCAGCUGUAUGCUCGAAUUAAAAGUAACUAUUGUUCACUUUAGAGGACAACACUGUUAGGCGAAAUUGUAACCAUUAUUUCAGCUAAAGGACUAGUAUCCACUGUCAAGUAACAAAUUAAAUAAAAAAUAAUUUCUUAAAUUCAAUUUCAUUUAGUUUCGUUUAAUAAAGUUUAAGAGAUUUGAAGUUACAAAAAUAUAGAUUGUGUGCAAAAAAUACAGAAUUAUAUAUUAUAUUCAAUUGAAAUAAGCAAAGGUUUUAAAAGGGAAGCCCUUAACAGUGGUGCCAUCUGGUGAGGUUUUAACCUAUUUGCGCAGUAAAAUUCAAAUAUUAAAACACGUUUUUAAAAGCUUUUGAAUUUCGUAUGUAAUUUACUGCAGCUGUCAAUUUAAGCGCUAACUUUACAAGUCUUUAGUUAGCAGAUUAUAACGAGAAUUGUAUAUUUUUAUAUGGUAGGCUCAAUAAAUAAUAUAUUCUAUAGUAAAUCUGCUUUAUUUUUAAGUAUAUUAUAUUUACCUAAAACAAUAUCAUGUUAAUGUGACCACUCUGCUAUAAUACACCAAGUUACCACUAAUUAGUGCCAAAGUGGUAUAGCUAGGCUGUGUAUAUUUCCUAUGAAAACUAAUAUUAUUGCCAAAGACACCUAGACUAGUACUGUCAUACUAGCGGGUAGGGUUCAUCUUACACUAGUUGGAACAAUUGUGAAAUAUGGUUGAUGAAGUUUUUUUUUCAAUCAUUGGUUAUGUAUCUAAUGUAAUAUAUAUAUAUACAAAAAUGGUAUAACAUGGACCAUUUAAAAACAGCUGUUAGUAGAAUAUAGGAAUGCAUUAAAAUUUGCUAUUCUGACAGAUAUUUCAUAUUACUUUUUCUUGUUUUAAAAUGUAUAUUGGUUAGACUUUUUUUACUAAUUGUUAUGGGUUUAUGUAAAAUUGGUCAUUUGUAUAUAUGAUUUGAAUGUUAUCUGAUUGAUGUAAAUAUAGAUAGUGAUUUUAUUGA